GGGGGCGGGGCGGCGGCGCGCAGGCGUCUUAGCGGCGGGUCCCUGCGGCUCGGGAUGGAGGCUGAAUAUUUGUUUUGCCUUUGUGUCUUGCCAUUCCUCUGAAGAAGAGAAGACACUUAUAAAACCCUACACUUUGCCUUGCAUUCUAUAAGAUUACAGCGAAAUGGAUAUAUCAAAUCCCCCAACUUCCAAAUGUAUCACUUACUGGAAAAGAAAAGUUAAAUCUGAGUACAUGCGCCUUCGACAACUUAAACGGCUCCAGGCGAAUAUGGGUGCAAAGGCUCUAUAUGUAGCAAAUUUUGCAAAAGUUCAAGAAAAAACCCAGAUCCUCAAUGAAGAAUGGAAGAAGCUUCGUGUCCAACCUGUUCAGUUGAUGAAGCCUGUGAGUGGGCACCCUUUUCUCAAAAAGUGCACCAUAGAGAGCAUUUUCCCGGGAUUUGCGAGCCAGCAUAUGUUAAUGAGGUCUCUGAACACAGUUGCAUUGGUUCCCAUCAUGUAUUCCUGGUCUCCUCUCCAGCAGAACUUCAUGGUAGAAGAUGAGACAGUUCUGUGCAAUAUCCCCUACAUGGGAGAUGAGGUGAAAGAAGAAGAUGAGACUUUCAUUGAAGAGCUGAUCAAUAACUACGAUGGCAAAGUCCACGGCGAAGAAGAGAUGAUCCCUGGAUCUGUCCUAAUUAGUGAUGCCGUUUUCCUGGAGUUGGUAGAUGCUUUGAAUCAAUACUCGGAUGAGGAGGAGGAAGGGCACAACGACACCUCAGAUGGAAAGCAAGAUGACAGCAAAGAAGAUCUGCCAGUAACAAGAAAAAGAAAACGACAUGCUAUUGAAGGCAGCAAAAAGAGUUCCAAGAAGCAGUUCCCAAAUGACAUGAUCUUCAGCGCGAUUGCCUCAAUGUUCCCUGAGAACGGUGUCCCAGAUGACAUGAAGGAGAGGUAUCGAGAACUAACAGAGAUGUCAGACCCCAAUGCACUUCCCCCUCAGUGUACACCCAACAUCGAUGGCCCCAAUGCCAAGUCUGUGCAGCGGGAGCAGUCUCUGCACUCCUUCCACACACUGUUCUGCCGGCGCUGCUUUAAAUACGACUGCUUCCUUCACCCUUUUCAUGCCACCCCUAAUGUGUAUAAACGCAAGAACAAAGAAAUCAAGAUUGAGCCAGAACCAUGUGGUACGGACUGCUUCCUUUUGCUGGAAGGAGCAAAGGAGUACGCCAUGCUCCACAACCCCCGCUCCAAGUGCUCAGGUCGUCGCCGGCGAAGGCACCACGUGGUCAGUGCUUCCUGCUCCAACACUUCAGCCUCUGCUGUGGCUGAGACUAAAGAAGGGGACAGUGACAGGGACACUGGCAAUGAUUGGGCCUCUAGUUCUUCAGAGGCUAACUCACGCUGUCAGACCCCCACAAAACAGAAGGCCAGUCCGGCCCCACCUCAACUAUGUGUAGUGGAAGCACCCUUGGAGCCUGUGGAGUGGACUGGGGCUGAAGAAUCUCUUUUUCGAGUCUUUCAUGGCACCUACUUCAACAACUUCUGUUCAAUAGCCAGGCUUCUGGGAACUAAGACGUGCAAGCAGGUCUUCCAGUUUGCAGUCAAAGAAUCACUUAUCCUGAAGCUGCCAACAGACGAGCUCAUGAACCCCUCGCAGAAGAAGAAGAGAAAGCACAGGUUGUGGGCUGCACACUGCAGGAAAAUCCAGCUGAAGAAAGAUAACUCUUCCACCCAAGUGUACAACUACCAACCCUGCGACCACCCAGACCGCCCCUGUGACAGCACCUGCCCCUGCAUCAUGACUCAGAAUUUCUGUGAGAAGUUCUGCCAGUGCAACCCAGACUGUCAGAAUCGCUUUCCUGGCUGUCGCUGUAAGACGCAGUGCAACACCAAGCAGUGUCCAUGCUACCUGGCGGUGCGAGAGUGUGACCCUGACCUGUGUCUCACCUGUGGGGCCUCAGAGCACUGGGACUGCAAGGUGGUUUCCUGUAAGAACUGCAGCAUCCAGCGUGGCCUCAAGAAGCACCUGCUGUUAGCCCCCUCAGAUGUGGCCGGAUGGGGCACCUUCAUUAAGGAGUCUGUGCAGAAGAACGAAUUCAUUUCUGAAUACUGUGGUGAGCUCAUCUCUCAGGAUGAGGCUGAUCGACGAGGGAAGGUCUAUGACAAAUACAUGUCCAGCUUCCUCUUCAAUCUCAACAAUGAUUUUGUAGUGGAUGCUACCCGGAAAGGAAACAAAAUUCGGUUUGCAAACCAUUCAGUGAACCCCAACUGUUAUGCCAAAGUGGUCAUGGUGAAUGGAGAUCAUCGGAUUGGGAUCUUUGCCAAGAGGGCAAUUCAGGCUGGUGAAGAGCUCUUCUUUGACUACAGGUACAGCCAAGCUGAUGCCCUCAAGUACGUGGGGAUCGAGAGGGAGACUGAUGUCCUUUAGCCCUCCCGGGCCCCACACCAGCGCUUAUGGUAGCGGCACUGUCUCUGCUUUCAUGCACACACCACCGCUGCUCGAGUUUCCUGCACUAUGUGUCUCCUACACCGAGAAACCCACCCACCCGCUCCCUCUGUAGUGAGGCCUCAGCUGUGUCCAGUGGGGACAAAACUAUCUCCAUGAGAGGGGAGACAAAGGCAGCUAGGGCUUGGGCUCCCAGGAGAGAGAGUUGCACAAGCAGGAGACUGCAUCUCAGGCCUUGGAGGAAGAGAACACAGGCUGGGGGCAGAUGACUUAUGCUUGAUUUUCUUAUCAGCUACCCAGGCUGUGGGCCUCAGGAAUCAACUUGGACAAGCGGGCAAUUCAGGCUGGUGAAUUGCAUUAGCCUGUGAUUCUAGCUUUCCAAAUUAAGGGUCCUUCUGUAGUUGGGUUGCCAGCGUCUCUGUGGUCCUAAUACCUGGAGAGAACAGGCUCAGUGAAGUUUGGUACCUGGAGCUUAGCGUGGUCGGGGUUAAAGGCGAGCCUGGCAGGCAACACAGGCUGAGUUCAGCGGGGAGAUGGGUCACCUUACUACCUCUUUCCUCCUGACAGGCUUCACACUGAAAGAGUGUGGGUUCUAAGUAUAGAUAUGCAACACUGGGAGAAGGAAAACUAAGUCAUUCUUCCACGGACAGAGAGUGAGAACCAGCCUGACAACAAUAGAUAACCUGCUAAGCUUGGGGCCCAGCUGUAUACCCUGGAGAUGGAUGGAUACAUUUUCAGAUUCCCAGGAGCAGCUGCUGGUACCCUGUCAGCUCUUUCCGAAGUUCUGGCUUAGCAACUGCAGGCACACAUCAUGCUGCUGCUGAAGGAGUUGAGGGGCUUUUGUGGCCUGGCUGUGAUGCUCUGGUCCCCUGCACACACAGUUGUUUUCAGGCCUUUCAUUCCCCUUGAGGCUAGGCUCACAGGGCCACUGUGGCUUCUCUUCUGGGUAGAGGGGCGCAGGCCUGGACUAGAGAGGGGGAAUGCUGUUGGUUGAUUACUUUCCUGUCUGUAGCACCUGCUGUUGGAAAGGGUGAGUGGACAGUAUGUGUUUGGAGGUGGGCGAGGGGCUCCCAGAUUGCACGUGUUUAAGAUGGCAUCAUGCAUGCAGCACUGACUGGCAGAGGGUCCUUGAGGCAGGCCGACCACCUGUGCCAGUUUGUGGUGCCAUUCUCUCUGGGAUACACACAGAGCAAAGCACUUUAUUUCCUUUAGAAGGUCUGUAGAUUGGGGUGGCGUUUGAGCUAAGGUCUCUGGGGUCCCUGCCUAAAUCACGUUCCUGAGGGAGAAGGGAGAGAGGGUGGAAGAUUCUUCUCUAGUUCUGUCUCAUGUCCUGGGGGAGGCAGGGGAGGCUGCCUCGAAACAGGAGAACCUAAUGAGAGUGACGCCAGCUCUAAGAGCUGCCCCUGUGCCUGUGGCUGGUGCUGAGCUGGCAGGGAAUAUGGAGCAUUGCGCUGGAUAUAAAGACGUGGGCAGGUGCAGACUGGCCUAGGGAGUGUCAGAAUAGGGAGCAGGCUUCUCCCUUCUCUCGGGGAAAUCAGAGCCUCUCUUCCCCGGUCUAUGCUGACCACUCCCUUCCUACAACCCCACUGGCUGUCCCAUAAAGCAAGGAGUAGGCUUCCCUCUGGCCAAGCUGUCACAUAGGGAUUUUUGUGGGACAUGCACGCAUGCACGCACACACACACACACACACACACACUCUUUCACUUACCACACUUGUGAGCACACAUGCACUCAGCACUGAGCACACGCCCAGCCAGUUCCUGACGAGAAGCCUCUUCCCACCUGAUUGGGCCAGCCCCCACCAUGAUUCUGAAAUCUGCAUCUGCCGUGGUUUGUAUGCAUUGUGUACUGGGGACACCUUCUAGCUGAACUGUGGGCUCUGAAUUACUCAUAAAUUAUAGGGAAAAACUAUAGACAAGUGAAGGAGAGUUAGGGCUGUAUGAAAUGCCAGAGGCUGGCUAUAAGGAAUAGGUGGGGGAAAAAAUUACAUGCAGCCUUUGAGAGGCUAGACUCAAAGGAGCCCCCCCCCCCACCAGUGUGCAGAAUCACUGUGGUUGAUCCCCUCCCCCCCAGUGUCAGACCACUAAUACUCCUGUUCUGCCAGCAUUCCCAUCCUUUUCCCUGCUAUCCCCCACCUUUAAAUGACGGGUCUCAACCCCUCCCCCCCAGACAUGUAAUGAUGGAUGGAGCAAGGUGGUAGGAACCGGGGGAGGCUGGUAUAUGUGCGGCUUUAUUGCCAGUGAAUUUCACGCACUUUAAAGUCCUGUGGCUUGUGACCUCUUAUCUGAAUAAAGUGGUAGAAUCCA